AUGGCCGGUGAUUUAUCACGCGACGCGCUCACAAUGGACGCGUUUAGGACGUAUGACGCAACUCACAGAAAAGGCUGUGCUUUGAAGGCUUUGCGCGGGUGGCAGCCCUGUGGCGGGUUGAAGGCCGGGGAAGGCUGCGCGGGCGUCCUCGACCUCGACGCGUGCCUUAUUGUUCCCGGCGGGCUAAUGUUACGGCGGACCGCGGCCUCGCUUCGUCCGCCGCCGCGUGUAGGGCUGGCGAGUGUUGCUUGCGCGUCGCAUUACGCAACGCCGAUCGAGAUUCUGGAACGGACUCGAUUUGAUCAUCGCUUAGGCGGAAGGUUC